CUUACACCCAGAUAAAACUCUGAUCGCAACCGGCCAAGUUGGGAAGGAGCCGUAUAUAUGCAUCUGGGAUUCCUAUAAUGUCCAUACUGUGUCUAUUCUUAAAGAUGUCCACACACAUGGAGUUGCAUGCCUGGCUUUUGACUCGGACGGACAGCAUUUAGCCUCUGUGGGAUUAGAUGCCAAAAACACAGUCUGCAUUUGGGACUGGAGAAAGGGAAAACUUCUGGCCUCAGCUACUGGCCAUUCUGACCGGAUUUUUGAUAUUUCCUGGGAUCCCUAUCAGCCGAAUAGAAUGGUUAGCUGUGGCGUGAAGCAUAUAAAGUUUUGGACACUAUGUGGAAAUGCCCUGACUGCAAAAAGAGGGAUAUUUGGCAAAACAGGAGAUCUUCAGACUAUCCUUUGCCUUGCAUGUGCCAAAGAAGACAUCACAUACUCUGGUGCUUUAAAUGGUGACAUCUACGUCUGGAAAGGGCUCACCUUAGUCCGCACUAUUCAAGGAGCACAUAGUGCUGGAAUCUUCAGCCUGUAUGCUUGUGAAGAGGGCUUUGCUACUGGUGGGCGAGACGGUUGCAUACGAUUAUGGGACACUGACUUCAAACCAAUAACCAAAAUUGAUCUCAGGGAGACGGAACAAGGAUAUAAAGGUCUCUCUAUUAGGAGUGUGUGCUGGAAAGCUGACCGUCUUCUAGCAGGAACCCAGGACAGUGAGAUAUUUGAAGUCAUCGUUCGAGAGCGAGACAAGCCAAUGCUCAUCCUUCAGGGCCACUGUGAGGGGGAACUCUGGGCUCUGGCUUUGCACCCCAAGAAGCCUCUGGCUGUGACAGGCAGUGAUGACCGCUCUGUCAGGCUGUGGAGUCUGGCCGACCAUGCCUUGAUUGCCCGCUGCAAUAUGGAGGAAGCAGUUCGUAGUGUAUCCUUCAGCCCAGAUGGAUCUCAGUUGGCCCUGGGCAUGAAGGAUGGUUCUUUCAUCGUCCUCCGAGUCAGAGAUAUGACAGAAGUGGUCCAUAUCAAGGACAGGAAGGAAGUCAUCCAUGAGAUGAAAUUCUCCCCGGAUGGUUCUUACCUUGCAGUGGGAUCCAAUGAUGGCCCUGUAGAUGUCUACUCCGUUGGCCAACGCUAUAAGAAAAUAGGAGAGUGCAACAAGUCCCUUAGUUUCAUCACGCACAUCGACUGGUCUCUGGAUAGUAAAUACUUGCAAACCAAUGAUGGUGCUGGGGAGAGACUGUUCUACAAAAUGCCGUCAGGGAAGCCUUUAACAAGUAAAGAAGAAAUCAAGGGGAUUCCCUGGGCCUCCUGGACGUGUGUGAGAGGCCCUGAAGUGAGUGGAAUUUGGCCCAAAUACACUGAGGUUAUUGACAUCAAUUCAGUGGACGCCAAUUAUAACAGUUCAGUGUUGGUGUCUGGAGAUGAUUUUGGACUGGUCAAAUUGUUCAAAUUUCCUUGUCUCAAAAAAGGAGCCAAAUUUAGAAAGUAUGUAGGCCAUUCUGCACAUGUCACGAAUGUCCGCUGGUCUCACGAUUUCCAGUGGGUGCUGAGCACGGGAGGAGCCGAUCACUCCGUUUUCCAGUGGAGAUUUAUCCCAGAGGCAGUCAGCAAUGGCGUGUUGGAAACCACACCCCAGGCAGGUGGUGCCGAUUCCUAUAGUGAAGAAUCUGACUCAGACUUCUCUGAUGUUCCAGAACUGGACUCUGAUAUCGAGCAAGAAACUCAGAUCAAUUACGAUCGCCAGGUUUACAAAGAAGAUCUACCUCAGCUAAAACAACAAAGUAAAGAGAAAAACCACGCAGUGCCAUUCCUGAAGAGGGAGAAGGCUCCCGAGGACAGCCUGAAACUGCAGUUCAUACAUGGUUACAGAGGCUAUGACUGUAGAAACAACCUGUUCUACACGCAAGCUGGAGAAGUGGUGUACCACAUUGCUGCAGUUGCUGUGGUGUACAACAGGCAACAACAUACCCAGAGGCUCUACCUGGGGCAUGAUGAUGACAUUCUCAGCCUGACCAUCCAUCCAGUGAAGGACUAUGUGGCCACUGGACAGGUUGGAAGAGACGCUGCUGUCCAUGUGUGGGACACCCAGACUCUAAAAUGCUUGUCAUUAUUGAAGGGGCACCAUCAGAGAGGAGUGUGUGCUCUGGAUUUUUCAGCUGACGGAAAAUGCCUUGUGUCAGUUGGUUUAGACGAUUUUCACAGUGUUGUGUUUUGGGACUGGAAAAAGGGAGAGAAGAUAGCCACGACCAGGGGACACAAAGAUAAAAUAUUUGUGGUAAAGUGUAAUCCACACCAUGUUGACAAGUUGGUAACCGUUGGGAUUAAACAUAUCAAGUUCUGGCAACAAGCAGGUGGGGGCUUCAUCUCUAAAAGAGGAAGUUUUGGAAGUGCUGGAAAGUUGGAAACAAUGAUGUGUGUUUCUUACGGGCGAAUGGAAGAUCUGGUGUUCUCAGGUGCAGCCACUGGAGAUAUUUUUAUCUGGAAGGAUGUUCUGCUACUGAAGACAGUGAAGGCUCAUGACGGGCCUGUGUUUGCUAUGUAUGCAUUGGACAAGGGCUUUGUAACAGGAGGAAAGGAUGGGAUUGUGGAACUCUGGGACGAUAUGUUUGAAAGAUGCUUGAAGACUUAUGCCAUCAAAAGGGCUGCGUUGUCAACUAGCUCAAAAGGCCUGCUUUUGGAGGAUAACCCUUCAAUUCGUGCAAUCACCCUGGGGCAUGGACACAUUCUUGUGGGGACAAAAAAUGGAGAGAUUCUAGAAAUUGAUAAGAGUGGCCCGAUGACCCUGCUUGUUCAGGGACACAUGGAAGGGGAGGUGUGGGGGCUGGCAGCACACCCUCUCCUGCCCAUCUGUGCAACAGUCAGUGAUGACAAAACACUUCGGAUCUGGGAAUUAUCCUCCCAGCACCGCAUGCUGGCAGUACGGAAACUUAAGAAAGGAGGGAGAUGCUGUGCCUUCUCCCCAGAUGGGAAAGCCUUAGCAGUCGGCUUGAAUGAUGGAAGUUUCUUGGUGGUGAAUGCUGACACCGUGGAAGACAUGCUCUCCUUCCAUCACAGAAAAGAAAUGAUCUCUGACAUAAAAUUUUCAAAAGAUACAGGAAAAUACCUUGCUGUGGCAUCCCAUGAUAACUUCGUGGAUAUUUACAAUGUGCUUACGAGCAAGAGGGUUGGCAUCUGUAAAGGAGCUUCUAGUUACAUCACACACAUCGACUGGGACUCUAGAGGGAAAUUAUUGCAAGUUAAUUCAGGUGCCAAAGAACAGCUUUUCUUUGAAGCUCCAAGAGGCAGAAGACACACAAUAAGGCCAUCAGAGAUCGAGAAGAUGGAAUGGGACACGUGGACCUGUGUCCUGGGGCCCACCUGUGAAGGAAUCUGGCCUGCUCACAGCGAUGUGACAGAUGUCAAUGCUGCCAGUCUUACCAAAGAUGGCUCCCUCUUAGCCACUGGGGAUGACUUUGGUUUUGUGAAGCUUUUUUCAUAUCCUGUCAAGGGACAGCAUGCAAGAUUUAAGAAGUAUGUGGGGCACAGCGCGCACGUCACCAAUGUGAGGUGGCUACAUAAUGACUCUGUGCUGCUCACGGUAGGAGGCGCUGACACAGCCUUGAUGAUCUGGACCAGGGAAUUUGUGGGGACACAGGAGAGCAAGCUGGUUGAUAGUGAGGAGUCAGACACAGAUGCAGAAGAAGAUGGAGGCUAUGACAGUGAUGUUGCCAGAGAGAAAGCCAUUGACUAUACCACCAAGAUCUAUGCUGUGAGCAUCAGGGAAAUGGAAGGCACCAAACCACACCAGCAGCUAAAAGAGGUGUCCACGGAAGAAAGGCAGGGAAUUGUCAAGGGAUCCAGACCACCCGUUAGCCGUGCAGCUCCCCAGCCUGAGAAACUCCAGAAGAACAACAUCACCAAAAAAAAGAAGCUGGUCGAGGAGCUGGCUCUGGACCACGUGUUUGGCUACCGAGGAUUUGACUGCCGCAACAAUCUGCAUUACCUUAAUGAUGGUGCCGACAUCAUUUUCCACACUGCGGCCGCUGGCAUUGUGCAGAACCUCUCUACAGGCAGCCAGAGCUUCUACCUGGAGCACACGGACGACAUCCUCUGCCUCACAGUGAAUCAGCACCCAAAGUACAGAAAUGUGGUGGCUACCAGCCAGAUAGGUGACACCGCAGAGAGCACAGGGACAACACCUUCAAUUCAUAUCUGGGAUGCAAUGACCAAACACACCCUUUCCAUGCUGCGGUGCUUCCACGCCAAGGGGGUGAAUUACAUCAACUUCAGUGCAACCGGGAAGCUCCUGGUGUCCGUGGGCGUGGAUCCAGAGCACACCAUCACUGUCUGGAGAUGGCAAGAAGGUACCAAGGUUGCCAGCCGAGGGGGUCACCUGGAACGAAUAUUCGUGGUGGAAUUUCGCCCUGACUCAGACACACAAUUUGUAUCCGUUGGAGUCAAACAUAUGAAGUUCUGGACCCUAGCGGGAAGUGCUCUGCUGUACAAGAAAGGGGUCAUCGGGUCCAUGGAAGCCGCCAAGAUGCAGACGAUGUUGUCCGUGGCUUUUGGUGCUAACAACCUCACUUUUACUGGUGCCAUCAAUGGAGAUGUCUAUGUGUGGAAGGAGCACUUUCUCAUCCGGCUGGUGGCCAAGGCUCACACAGGUCCUGUUUUUACAAUGUACACCACUCUCCGAGACGGGCUUAUUGUGACUGGCGGAAAAGAACGGCCGACUAAAGAAGGAGGAGCUGUAAAGUUGUGGGACCAGGAGAUGAAGCGCUGUCGGGCCUUCCAGCUGGAAACAGGGCAGCUGCUGGAGUGUGUGCGCUCCGUGUGCCGCGGCAAGGGAAAAAUCUUAGUAGGAACCAAAGAUGGUGAAAUAAUUGAAGUUGGGGAAAAAAGUGCUGCUUCAAACAUCCUGAUCGACGGCCACAUGGAGGGGGAGAUCUGGGGCCUAGCCACACACCCUUCCAAGGACAUGUUCAUCUCCGCCGGCAAUGACGGCACAGCAAGAAUCUGGGACCUGGCUGACAAGAAACUGUUAAACAAGGUGAACCUGGGCCAUGCGGCCAGGUGUGCAGCCUAUAGCCCCGAUGGGGAGAUGGUGGCCAUUGGCAUGAAGAAUGGAGAGUUCGUCAUCUUGCUGGUGAACAGCCUGAAAGUUUGGGGGAAAAAACGAGACCGGAAAUCUGCCAUCCAAGAUAUCAGAAUCAGCCCAGACAACAGAUUCUUAGCUGUGGGUUCCUCCGAGCACACAGUUGACUUCUAUGACCUUACUCAGGGCACAAGUCUGAACCGCAUUGGCUACUGCAAAGACAUCGCAAGCUUUGUCAUUCAGAUGGACUUUUCUGCAGACAGCAAAUACAUUCAGGUGUCAACAGGAGCCUAUAAGCGCCAAGUUCAUGAGGUUCCCCUGGGGAAGCAGGUAACUGAAGCCAUGGUCAUUGAGAAGAUCACCUGGGCUUCCUGGACAAGUGUUCUUGGAGAUGAAGUCAUUGGAAUCUGGCCACGAAAUGCAGACAAGGCUGAUGUCAACUGUGCAUGUGUGACACAUGCUGGCUUGAACAUUGUCACAGGGGAUGACUUUGGGCUGGUGAAGCUCUUUGAUUUUCCAUGCACAGAAAAAUUUGCCAAGCACAAACGUUACUUUGGUCACUCUGCUCAUGUGACAAACAUCCGUUUCUCUUAUGAUGACAAGUAUGUGGUCAGCACCGGAGGAGACGACUGCAGUGUAUUUGUGUGGCGAUGUCUGUAAACACCAGAACCCCAUGCACUAUGGCUGCUUCUCCCAAGCUACUUUCAGGCAGUGCAGGGGCACCUCCUCGAUGCCAACUACCGUGGGACGCACAAGCUCUGAAUGCUAGUGAUACAGGACUCUCACAAUCUGGACUUUGCAAGACGGUGAUGCUAGUAAGGAAGGCACAUUCCUACAAUAUUAAGACUGUUUGCUUCUGUUCUGGAGACUAAAACCUAUACUUAUAACUACACUAAUGAUGAAAUUGGGAUGAUGUAGCCCACUGAUAAAAUUUACAUCCUCAGUUACCCUAAUCAAUAUGUAGCUUUUAAUUUGCAUUAAGACUUUUACAAAGGUGUUUUGCUAUUCUGUUUCUAUGUAUUUCAAGAAUGUUCAUUGGACACGAUGUAAGUUGGAAGCACUUAAGUACAGAAAUACCAUUUGCCACAUUUAGCUUUCAAAACCAAAUGAGCCGUGUAUAAACAAGUUUUAAAAAGUUAAUUUUUUAAAAUUUCAUUUGCAGUUUUAUAUCCAUUAAGUGCCUUCAAAGUUCCCAGUUUGUGGGCUGCUGCCUCACUUCCCACAUUGUCUCCUUCCUUUACAUGGUGCUAAAACUUCAAAACUGAGGAGGGCUAUGGGAUUAGCAGAGUUAUCACUAUGUCCUGCUCUGGGAGAGUGGUUAUAAGGUGAGCGGCAGAGUCCAAUUCCACAGGAAGUAGCAUGGAGUUUAUGUUAGUGUCAGAUCUUCAAUGUAGCCUGGCAUCCCCCCAAACAAAACAGCUUCUACAACACGUGAAGAGGGGAAAGCUCCAAUGUAUUCAAGUGAGCUGAUCUGUCUUCUAAAAAGCUGUUUAGUUUACACCCCCUUGGGUAGGGCUGGCUUAGCUCCGUUCACUUCAGAUGGUUAAUGCAGGGUAAAUUCAGAUUUUUAAAAACCUCUUGAACAUAUUCCCCACUAUAAGGAGUAUUUGAAUUUCUCUAGUCAGUUGCAGGACAGAAUGUGACUUAAAGAUUAGUAGCCAAAAGGCCCUCACUCAGUUCUGUCACACAGAGGGCACUCACUGGAAGAAGGCUGGUGGGAGUUGAAGUCCUGAGUACAUACACCAUUGAGUCCUUCCAGUCUGUGCACUAAAAUUCUCCACCCUGAGUUCCUAGCUAUCUGCAAUUGCCAAUUUAGAGAAAGGGAGAAAUGAGCAUUUUCAGUUAAAGAAUAGAUUAUUAACAUUUACCACAGAAGUGCUUCAGCAUUCUAAAAGGAUUAGAUUACACAUCAAGCUAUUUUACACGCCAAUUUAUUAAUGCCUUACAUUAACCCACUAGCAGGCUGCUGGGUCCAGUAGAGCCCUAGGCAGCCCUGAUUCUGUUUUCUGUAUCUGGCGAUGCUGAGGAAUAACUGUGUCUGCCUAUCUUGUACUACUGACUUUUCAUUCAGACAGAUCUUGCAUUAAGUAACCAUGUGGAUGAACAACUGACUGAUCAAUGAUAUAUGUACGUAUAUAUUUGAAGAGCAAUAGUGUCUGUUAUAAAGACUUUAAAAGUCUUCUUUGUAAAAUUUAUAUGGUGUAAUUUCAUGUAUAUUCAUAAAUCUUGCACUGUAUUCUGUUAAAAUAUUGGUGCAUGAGUUUAUUUUCAAAGUAUAAAAUAAUUUAAAACCUUUUGUUAUAAGUCAAAUAAAUCUCACUAUGUAAAUAUAUUCUUUGUUCUUAAGCUGUUUCAUGAACUAGCAUG